AACUCGAGCCCACUAUGGGAAGAUUUCAUCAUUAAAGCGACAAAGCUCCACGCUUGUUUGAGAGCUGCCAUUCAAGCAAUUUCAUCAUAUUUGGAAGCAUUCCAAAAAAUUGCAGACGCCGCAACCAACUCAAAAGGGGCUUCUAAAGAGAUCGGAACAGCGCUUACGCGAGUCUGUUUGCGUCAUAAAGCUGUGGAAACGAGAAUGAAAACAUUCACAACAGCCAUCAUGGACAGUCUUAUAAUCCCUUUACAAGAUAAGCUUGAAGAAUGGAAACGUCAAGUGGUGAUUCUCGAUAAAGAUCAUACCAAAGAAUACAAACGCUGUCGUAAUGAACUCAAAAAGCGUUCAAGUGAUACUCUAAGAUUACAAAAGAAAGCGAAGAAAGGAACGUCCGACAACCUUCAAAGCCUUGUCGACUCAUCAAUGCAAACUGUCAAUCAACAAAAGGCAGAACUUGAUGAGGUGGAAAGAAAAUCACUGAGAUCAGCCAUGAUUGAAGAUCGAACACGAUACUGUCAAUUUGUAAACAUGUUGCAACCGGUUGUCAAGCAAGAGUAUGAAAUGAUGUAUGAGUUAGGACAUUUACAGGAAGCAAUGCAAACUGUCAGCAACGUUACCAAAGAUCCAACAGCAUUACCUCAGGCGUCAGAAGAGUUGAUUGCGGAGUCAAAAACCUCUUACAACCUUUAUCCCGAUUCGCCAACACAUUCAAGCUCUCAAGGAUGUUCAAACUCAUUAGGUUCACGAAAGAGUUCAGUUUGCUCAAUUAGUUCAAUGAAUAGCAGUGGUUCAAGUGGAUCACCCGGUCAUCAAUUCCAAAGAUCUUUAUCACAGUACAAUCCCGCCAUUCGUCUCAAGCCAGGCGAAUCGAGUGACAGUGGAUUUUGUUCAUCGCCAGCUUUGACAUCGCAGGUCUCGACAGUAACGAAUCAAUCGCACGCUGUGUCAACAUGGCCACCGCCCGGAGCUCAAGAAGCUGUCUCAAAUGCCGACCGUCCACAUACAAUCUCAACCGCCUACGAACGAGGCCACCAAAGACCUGCGUUAACUGUGUACACUUUCCAGAAUCCCGGCGACAACAUCACUGAAAGCACAUCGCAAAAGUCACCAGCUGCUUCCCUUUCAUGUCGACCGCCAUUGCCAAUUCGUUGUUCGUCUUUAGAACGUCCACUUUCGACAACAACCGCGCCACGAAAUGCAAAUGUCAAUAAUGCAAAUGCACGCCAAUGUCCAUCGCCAAUACCAGCGCAUGUUACAAAAGAACAUCCAACACUGAAUCAGCCCACUUAUGUUAAUAUGACUGAACUCGCUUCGAUGGCGGCUUAUAAAAAUACUAAUAGUAGUAAUAAUAACAAUAACAUAAUCACAACAACUACAACAGCAUCAACAACACAAUCCUUUGCUCAGUCUAACUCGCCGGCUCUCUCGUCAACAUCAUCUCUUGUAUCGCCCGAUUCAUCGGCAACAAACCCAAUUAGUUCCCCGGAAGGCUCUCAAACACCACAAAACACGCCAUUAACUAAUUCACCUUUAAUGAUUCAAAGUGUCGAUGCUCCGACGACAAAUGUUGACGAUUCAAAUCAUGAUGAUCUUUCCACACCAACUAACCAAGCACCUGUCGUUAAUGUAAAUGACAAUAAUUCCAAAUUCACAUGUGAAACAUUACAAACUCGUGACUCACCACCAAUUGAUGUUAAAAGCUUGGGAUCGGUGUUAGAUAAGGCAUCAAUGUUUGAAAAGAAGCUUGAGGAACAGCACCCUCAAACGAGUGCACCGACACAUCAUCCAAUAACAUUACCAAUUAAUAACACACUGAACUUAACUCCCGCUACAGUGGCACGUCUUGAGUCUAUUUAUGGCAAGAAGACGGAAGAGAUUUAUAACAAAACUGCUGGUUUGUUGUUGGACAGGGACAGGGUUGAUGCAGAAGCGCUUGAUCCGAUUGACACAGUUGAGCUUGAUAAUCUCAUUGGCGAAUUGGAUCAAUUUCAAAAGGAGCAUGAAGCAAAGGAACGUGAAAGACAGUCGAAGCAUACGACGAACGGUCAUUGCGAACAUCAAACACCAAUCGCCAUUAAAUCCUUACAAUCACAAACAAUUCAUAAUGACAGCAUCAUGUCCACAUCAACAACAAUAACGCACGCUUUUAGUGAUCCGGAUAAAAAUGACAAAGUUUCACUCAGCGCCAGCUUGAAUUUUUCAAUCACAAGCAACGCAAGCAUGACGGCAAACACGACGCUGAGUGACUUACAGAAAUUUAAUUGUAGCGAUAGUGAAAAAUAUUGGAAUGAUAACAAUAACGAUUUGUCAGCAGAUACCGGCUUCGAGAAUCCAUCGUUUGUUCAUUUAAACGACACAAAUAUUGUGGUAAUGCGCGACAAUGAUUUUCCCACCGACUACUAUGCUAAGAACUCAGCAGAGAUCGUCGUAUUGCGAUGUAAAGACACGACAAAAUUGAAUGGAAACGGAAGUAAUAACAACAGCAUCACUGAUUUAAAUGCCAUUGAUUCAAUUGCCGCUGAUCAGAAGCAAAGAUUGAGCUCAUUUCGGGCUGAGAACAACAACGUUUCGUAUACAUCGUCAACAAACAGUUCACCAAACCAUUACUUUAACACCAACAACAUCAAUAACAAUUCCAUUCCGGGCCUCGUAAAAAGUGUCUCGAAUUCAUUUGCAUCGUUGAUGUAUGGGCAAGUGGAUGAGCCAAGUGUCAAUGUUAAUAAUAACGUAAAUGUUGUAAGCAGUAAUAAGCCAGCCAUAACACCAAGACCUGCAUCACUAUUGUCUGGUGUCUCGAGAAUUGCAAGACGCUCCUCGGUAAACACGGUAAAGCCGCCACCUCCAGUUCGUCGUAGUUCUAGCGUAACGCCAAGUCAUCAUGGAGACGCAAAUAACCCACAAAAUAAUUUAAUGCAGCACCAGCAGCUUAAUGUGUCCUCUGAAAGCUUACCGCCACCUCCAGCUUAUCUUCUUGAUCGAAAUCAUCAACAUCAUGUGACGACAAAUGCUAACUCGCAUUACAUGACAUCAUCAACAUCAAUGGGUCAAAUGUCAACGACCAAUGGAACUUCUAAGACGCACAACGAUAUUCGACAUAGUCCUGGUGUGAUGCGCCGCCAAUUAUCACUCAUCAGCAAUCAUCACCCAUCAAAUCAUUCACAGAACUCACAUAGCAUCACUUACAGCUCUCAACCAUCAACACCAAAGCUAGAAAAAGAAGGCAACAGCAGCAUGUUUUCUAUUUAUGGAGCUACGACUGGUAAUGGACAAACAUACACCAGCGGUGAUAUUUUUGGAACGAUGCCACGACAAGUUAAAUCCCAACAAGGUAUUUACGCUCAACCCAAACAAGUGGCAUCGGUUUCCAGUUUCAGAACGUCAAGUCCAAAUCCACCACCUAAAAGUGCGGGUCUUUUAGCACAGUUAACUGCACGAAUUACACCAAAUAAAUCAUCAAAUCAACAACAACAACAACAGCAGCAACAGCAACAGUCACAACAAAAUGAUAACGAGAGAUCACGUAAUGAACCAAUUUAUCAACGACGUGGUUCUAAUCAAUCAAAUCCUUAUUAUGAUACGCAAAAUAUUUAUGGUCAACAACAAAAACAACAGCAGCAACAGCAACACCAAAACGACGAUUAUCAGACCGGAAACUAUGGAGAUAAAACAGAAUCGAGUGUUUUAGCAAAAACAUCGCCGGGAUUCUUGGAUAACUUAAAUCAAAAGUUGGCAGAACAACGAGCAUCAAAUAAAGCAUUUCAAGUUAGAAGUUACAUAAACAGCAAAGUGGUGCCCGAUCCCCGCAUUGUGAGAGAGUCUUUGAUGGAUCAAAUAAAACGAGGCGCCAAUCUAAAACAGACACGAGAUGAUUAAACAUGCAGCAACAUGAAAAAUGAAUUUCACUUUGAGAUUAAUUUUUAAUUGACAAGCUUAUAAUAAUUACAUAAUUAAUUCGAUUCAAAAUUGAUAUGUUUAUUAAUGUGUCAUCAAAUGAGUAGAUAUUUAUGAAAACCGAUCUUGUCAGUAUUGGAAAUUAGAAUUGAAAAGGAUUUUAAAUGAUUUCAAUUCCAAUUUCUUUUAAAUAAGAAUAUGAACCUUUUGUGUUCCGACACAUUUGCCGUGUUUUAUUGAACUUAGCAAGUGCUCGUAAAAUUUCGAAAGGUAAAUAAAUUGAUUGAAUUAAUCACUCGAUAUCGUUGCUUUUAAAACGAAAAACGAGUAUUCGUCGAGUUCAAAGACGGUUUUCUUUUAAAAAUCAACUAUAAAACAAUUCGAAAGUUAACCAAAAUAUGAAAUCCUUUUAAGAAAGUAAUUGGACAUGAUUUUACUUUCAUUCUUUCAUAGUGAAAAACCCAACAAAAGUGCUCAAAAUCUCGUAAAUUUUAACAUUUAUU